AUGGCGGCCUCGGUAUUGCUCUCUGCGGAGAGUACCGUACCCAGUUUUGCUGUUGGCAAUCCCGGAACGGUUGGAGCCCCUGGUAAUGGAGUAACUGCACCAGGGCAUGUGCCAUGGAACCGCUCACUAGACCGGGCUUUGGACGAAGCCACGGCGACUGGUUGCCUCAAUCUAAGCGGCAGGAAACUAAAGGAGUUCCCUAGGAGCGCCGCCAACCACGACCUAUCAGACACGACUCGGGCCGACCUGUCCCGUAACCGUUUGUCGGAGUUGCCUUUGGAGGUGUGUGUAUUUGUGUCGCUGGAGCAUCUGAACCUGUAUCAGAACUGCCUACGGUCUUUACCCGACAGUCUGAUCAAUCUACAGGCCCUUACCUACCUUAACGUCAGUCGGAACCAGCUGUCCACUCUUCCGGUUUCAGUGUGCAGUCUUCCUCUUAAAGUCCUCAUCGCAUGCAACAACAAACUGGUCUCCCUACCCGAGGAACUGGGCCAGUUAAGGCAGCUUACUGAACUGGACGUGAGCUGUAAUGAGAUCCAGACCCUGCCUCCUCAGAUUGGCCAGCUGGAGUCGCUACGGGACCUCAACAUCAGGAGGAACCAUCUAGUCCGGCUGCCUGUCGAGCUGGCAGAGUUGCCUCUGGUUUCUCUGGAUUUUUCCUGUAACAAGGUGACGUCCAUCCCUGUGUGUUAUCGCAAACUAAGACACCUGCAGAGCAUCAUACUGGACAAUAACCCCCUCCAGAGCCCCCCCGCACAGAUCUGUAUAAAGGGGAAAAUCCACAUAUUUAAGUAUCUGAACAUGGAGGCGUGUAAGACAGCACCUGAUCUUCCCGACUACGAAAGGAGGCCGCUGGGAUUUGGGUCCUGCGUGGAGGAGCUGUAUCCUGGAAGGCCGUACGGGGCGCUGGACUCUGGCUUCAACAGCGUUGACAGUGGAGACAAGAGAUGGUCAGGCAAUGAGCCAGCGGACGAGUUGUCGGACCUGCCGCUGAGAGUGGCAGAGAUCACCAAGGAACAGCGCCAUCGCAGAGACAGAGAGAGAGACAGGGAGGAGAAGACGGGCUCCAUCAUGGCCAAUGGCACAAUGGAAUCAGAGCUCGAGCAGAUAGACUUUAUAGACAGCUGUACAGGGGAAGAAGAGGAGGAGGAUGGGCGGGGCCGAAGGGCGGAGUCAGUCAGUCUCAGUUCCCAGUUCAUGGCCUAUAUCGAACGACGAAUCACCAGAGAGGGUUCACCGGUAAAGUCCAGUUCACUCAGAGACACGAGAACGGAUGACCCAAGGCGACACGCUGUUCUCCAUAACAGCCCCAGGAGUGCCGGAGACGGGAGCUCCUCUUCAUCGCUGUCCUCGCUGUCGUCCGCACACGGCCAGAGAAGCACGGCGGGUGCUGCAGGGUCCGGUAGCGGCGCUGUCACCGGUGUGGAACGCAUGAGACGGGAGGCCCAGUGGAUGGCCCAGCGGUACGACGAGGAGAGACAGAAAUCUCGCAGCAUGCAGAGAGACACUGUCAUGAGUUACGCCAAGAAAUCAGCUCAGAGCCCAACCAAGCUUAGUCCUACAUCUAAUGAGGCCGUUUGCCCCUCUAGGCGCUCCACUCACACAGAUGACUCUGGUCUCUUCAUGCAAGGAGAAGACUCUCUCUCUCAUACUGGAGAGUCAGGGGUCCAGAGAACAGAGCCUAAGGCAGGGACACCUGCUCCAUCCCAGGGUCCUGUUGGGGAAGAGGCUGAACUGGUGGAGCAGUUACGGAAGAACAUUGAGUCCCGACUCAAAGUGACUUUGCCCAGUGACCUGGGGGCAGCACUCACUGAUGGGGUGGUGCUAUGCCAUCUAGCCAAUCAUGUGCGUCCGCGCUCCGUACCCAGCAUCCAUGUGCCCUCACCUGCUGUGCCGAAACUGACGAUGGCCAAGUGCCGGCGGAACGUGGAGAACUUCCUGGAGGCAUGCCGCAAAAUUGGCGUCCCACAGAGCCAGCUGUGCCUACCUCUCCAUAUCCUAGAGGAGCGGGGUUUAGCCCAGGUGGCUGGGACAGUGCGUGCUCUCCUGGAACUGGCCCCCGCCAAACACGGCCCCUCCUCUACCGCUGCUCCACCAAGCCCUGCUACAGCCCCCCUCGCCAUGUAAGGCACACAUGGACACGCGGACGCCAGGACGGACGGACUUAAAGGAUCUUCUAUGUCCUCAUCUUCCUCUUCAUCAUUCACCCUCAGGACACAGCAGAUGCAGAUGACGCAGUUGCAGACGCAGACAGACUGACUUCAGAAUGCUCCGACACUCAACAGUCUCCACCAACACACCCUUCUCUGUGGGACUCCUAAGGACACACCACACAUGCGCGCACCAACACGCAAACACACACACAUGUACACAUACUGAGACACGCACUUCAGCUCCAAAGAGGACAGAGAUGACAAAAAAAACAAAAAAAAAAAAAA